GAGUCUUCCAGCCGUCAAUCAUCAAAGUUGUGUCACCGGUGCGAGGAGGAAGGAUAAGGAACUCCCGAUGACAGAAUCUAAACUCUAAAUUGGAAUAAACCUCGUUUGUCCUCAAGUUAUUAGUGAACAUUUCGCUUAAAAAAGUGAAGUAAUCAACGGCGGGCUUGUAGCCUAUUAAUCAUUGGACGAUACGUCUACGGAGAGUUUGUAUGCUACCUUUUACAGCACCGAUGUCAGAUGCGCCAUCUCCAUGCGCGACAGGGUUGCAGUUUUCUGAAGGAGAGUUUUCGUUUUUUGGGGGGUCGACUUGGAGACAAUUAACUUCAUGAUGAGAGAACGAACCUGGGUUUAGGAUUCAAAGACAAGGUUACUGCCACACUCCUCCCCCCUCUAUGUCCCAUUGGCUGCUGUUCCCCAGGGGGUGGGACUCAGUAUGGGUUAAGAGCUGUGAGGCCAGACUGAGAGGACAGUGAAGCCUGACGCACUCCACCCGCCGCACAGGUGGCUAGAGAUCAGAGGUCGUAGCUAGAGGUCAUGGCGGGCCUGAGGAGGAAGCUGAAGUUUCUGGUGACGUUGAUGACGGUCAAUCUCUUCAUCUUCAUCCUAGUGUUCCACGGAGGAGGAGGAGGACAGGACAAGGGACACAACAAGGUCCUUGUCCCCUCCAAGCGAUUCUGGUCCAAACUGGCUCCUAGUCAGGCCUACUGGAACCGCCAGCAACAGAGACUGGACCUCCAACACAACCCCAUCCUCGCCUCCUCCAAUAGUAACAACACUAGCGAUGAUGAUGAUGAUGAUGUCAGACCUGUCCCUGAUUGGCUCAACGACACAGGGCUGAACCCUGACCCCUGCCAACCGGACUACAGAGUCACCACUCACGUGAAAGACUACAAUUCCCUACCUCCUCGUUUUAAAGACUUCCUGCUCUACAUGCGCUGUCGGUCGUACCCUCUAGUGGUGGACCAGCCUCACGUCUGCCAAAAGACCCGGAGAGGGGAGCCGCCCUUCCUCCUACUGGCCGUCAAAUCCCUCGCUCCUCACUUUGACCGCCGCCAGGCCAUCCGCCAGUCGUGGGGUCGAGCCGGCGUCCUCGCCAACCGGACGGUUGUCACGGUGUUCCUGCUCGGCAACACCACGGCCGUGGACCACCACCCAGAUCUGUCGGAGAUGCUGCGCUAUGAGAACACUCACCACCGCGACAUCCUGCAGUGGGACUACCGGGACUCGUUCUUCAACCUGACCGUCAAGGAGGUGCUCUUCCUGGACUGGAUGACCACACGCUGCCCUGGAGCUCAGUUCGUCUUUAAAGGGGACGAUGACGUCUUUGUCAAUACGUUGAGGAUCCUGGCCUUCCUCAAGGGCCUCUCGGGGCCCCGGGCAAGGGACCUGUUUGUAGGGGAUGUGAUCACCAACGCGGGGCCGAACAGGGAUAAAAAGGUCAAGUACUUCAUCCCAGAGAGUUUGUUCGUUGGCAAGUACCCGCCAUACGCGGGCGGAGGGGGGUAUCUGUACUCCGGGGACCUGGCCAGACGGCUGCACGGAGCCUCGCAGCACGUACCUCUCUACCCCAUCGACGACGUUUACACAGGGAUGUGUCUGAGGAAGCUGGGGCUGGGGCCGGAGAAACACAAAGGCUUCAAGACGUUUGACAUUGAGGAGAAGUACAGGAGGAACCCGUGUGCCUAUAAGGGUCUGAUGCUGGUACACAGCCGGACACCGCAGGAGAUGAUCCAGAUCUGGGCCUGGCUCAAUGACCCCAACUUGACCUGUCAGUAACUUCCCAGCCCGUCUCCAUUUUGACUUCAGAAACUGGGGACAACGGGUGUCGGUGGCUAUUUUGACUUCAGAAACCGGGGACAACAGGUGUCGGUGGCUAUUUUGACUUCAGAAACCGGGGACAACAGGUGUCGGUGGCCAUUUUGACUUCAGAAACCGGGGACAACAGGUGUCGGUGGCUAUUUUGACUUCAGAAACCGGGGACAACAGGUGUCGGUGGCCAUUUUGACUUCAGAAACCGGGGACAACAGGUGUCGGUGGCCAUUUUUUAUUUGAGCUGUCAGUAACCAGGGAAGACAGGUGACUUAAACUGUCGGUAACUGCCUGGACCAGACACCACGACAGGCGGCCAUUUUGUUAUGCUGGUUGUUAUAGUAACUCUGUGAGAGGUCAGUGGCCACUGUUUUGUGACACUUGGUAGGGUUGUUACAUUCUAAAGGUCAGACACAAUUUUGAGACUUUUUUUAAAUUUUUUUUUUUAGGGAAGGAUUAUUACUCUUGGAGGAUCAGUCGAACAUUGGCAGCUUUAAUGUUGUUAUUAUCAUGUUUGUUGAUGCUAGUUAACCGUCUUCAAAGUUGAAUCUUGGAUGAACAUGUCAGGUUUUGAAUCCCAAGAUAAAGAGGGCGUGACUGUGAUGGCGGUACGAUGGCAGACCAACGUGUCUCUGAGCUGUCUAAAUGGUCGUCAUGGCGUUAUGAUGGUCAACAUGUCUGAGCUUUCUAAAUGGUCGUCAUGGCGUUAUGAUGGUCAACGUGUCUGAGCUUUCUAAAUGGUCGUCAUGGUGUUAUGAUGGUCACCGUGUCUCUGAGCUGUCUAAAUGGUCGUCAUGGCGUUAUGAUGGUCAACAUGUCUCUGAGCUUUGUAAAUGGUCGUCAUGGCGUUAUGAUGGUCAACGUAUCUCUGAGCUGUCUAAAUGGUCGUCAUGGCGUUAUGAUGGUCAACGUGUCUGAGCCUUCUAAAUGGUCGUCAUGGCGUUAUGAUGGUCAACGUGUCUGAGCUUUCUAAAUGGUUGUCAUGGCGUUAUGAUGGUCAACGUGUCUCUGAGCUGUCUAAAUGGUCGUCAUGGCGUUAUGAUGGUCAACAUGUCUGAGCUUUCUAAAUGGUCGUCAUGGCGUUAUGAUGGUCAACGUGUCUGAGCUUUCUAAAUGGUCGUCAUGGUGUUAUGAUGGUCAACGUGUCUCUGAGCUUUCUAAAUGGUCGUCAUGGCGUUAUGAUGGUCAACGUGUCUCUGAGCUUUCUAAAUGGUCGUCAUGGCAUUAUGAUGGUCAACGUGUCUGAGCUUUCUAAAUGGUCGUCAUGGCGUUAUGAUGGUCAACGUGUCUCUGAGCUGUCUAAAUGGUCGUCAUGGUGUAAUGAUGGUCAACAUGUCUGAGCUUUCUAAAUGGUCGUCAUGGCGUUAUGAUGGUCAACGUGUCUGAGCUUUCAAAAUGGUCGUCAUGGCGUUAUGAUGGUCAACAUGUCUCUGAGCUUUCUAAAUGGUCGUCAUGGCGUUAUGAUGGUCACCGUGUCUCUGAGCUUUCUAAAUGGUCGUCAUGGCGUUAUGAUGGUCAAGUCUGAUGGAUCUUUCAUGUUUCCCCGCUGUGUGUCUGACGUCACAAAGAGUCUGUACCAUGUUGUAUUAUGAGGAGUUGGAGACAGAGGAGUCUGAUCCCAGAUCUGUUUUGGUCUGAAAAUGACCGUAAGAGUUGGCACAAGACUGAUCUGGAACCAGGCUAAUGGAUGAGUGCUCAGCUGGUCUGGGCCGUGCUAGAUAAAGAGUCCCUGAUGGAGAAUGUAACUUGGGAAAAUAAAUCUAAUAAAAAAAGAUCACAUGUUCAACUUUAAAAACAGACACGUUUCCCAGUCUGAAGAGAUCUGACUGAUGGACCUUAAUGAUAACGCUUUAUCACUGUGUGUCUGGCUGCACAAAGAGCUUUCAGACACGUUUCCCAGUCUGAAGAGAUCUGACUGAUGGACCUUAAUGAUAACUCUUUAACACUGUGUGUCUGGCUGCACAAAGAGCUUUCAGACACGUUUCCCAGUCUGAAGAGAUCUGACUGAUGGACCUUAAUGAUAACUCUUUAACACUGUGUCUGACUGCACAAAGAGCUUUCAGACACGUUUCCCAGUCUGAAGAGAUCUGACUGAUGGACCUUAAUGAUAACUCUUUAACACUGUGUGUCUGACUGCACAAAGAGCUUUCAGACACGUUUCCCAGUCUGAAGAGAUCUGACUGAUGGACCUUAAUGAUAACUCUUUAACACUGUGUGUCUGGCUGCACAAAGAGCUUUCAGACACGUUUCCCAGUCUGAAGAGAUCUGACUGAUGGACCUUAAUGAUAACGCUUUAUCACUGUGUGUCUGACUGCACAAAGAGCUUUCAGACACGUUUCCCAGUCUGAAGAGAUCUGACUGAUGGACCUUAAUGAUAACGCUUUAACACUGUGUCUGACUGCACAAAGAGCUUUCAGACACGUUUCCCAGUCUGAAGAGAUCUGACUGAUGGACCUUAAUGAUAACGCUUUAACACUGUGUGUCUGACUGCACAAAGAGCUUUCAGACACGUUUCCCAGUCUGAAGAGAUCUGACUGAUGGACCUUAAUGAUAACUCUUUAUCACUGUGUGUCUGACUGCACAAAGAGCUUUCAGACACGUUUCCCAGUCUGAAGAGAUCUGACUGAUGGACCUUAAUGAUAACUCUUUAUCACUGUGUGUCUGACUGCACAAAGAGCUUUCAAAAUGCUGUAAAACAGUGACUCUAGUAAGUGCCAAGUACUGUAACAGGGUUGACUGUAACAGGGUUGACUGUAACAGGGUUGAAGAGUUCAUGUUAAAUCAGCCAUAAAUCUCUUUGUGCCGGGGGGGGGGGGGGGGGUAAUGGAAGCUUGUUGUGUGCAACAGGGAGGGGCAAUCGAAGGCAAGCUUCUUUUUUUAAAUAUAUAUAUUUCUGGGUAACAUGUAUCGUGUUCUGCUCAACCCGCCUCAGGUUUCCACCACAAAACAUCAGAAAAUGCACAAAAAGAGCAGAACCAGCUCACCUGCUUUACACUGAUUUGACUGUUCGAUGUUCAAUGUUGCUUUUGGAAAAAAAAUAACAUUUAAGAAGGAAUAGUUUCACCUUAUUUAAACGAGGGUUCAGUUCAUGUAACAGGGUUCACCUUAAAAUCAGGGACAGGUUGUUGUUGUUUUUUUUACCUUUAAAAUAAUUCACUAACCACAUUAAAUGAAUUAAUCUCUAGAAAAUAACCAGGUCUUUACAAUGUUGGUGAAAACCUCUGGGGUUGAAGUGUCCGUCAACAGUUGCUACAUCCAGUUUGGAUUCUUGAAGAAUGUAACUGAUAAAUACCUCAUGAGCUCAACUGUCACCACAUCAGUCCUUCCAUCCAUAGCCCUGUCUGGUUCUUCAGCCCAGUCCCUCAGCUUUUUACCAAAACAGGGGCGGGGAGUUCAUUUAUAGUUUUUUUUUUUUACUGCUGAUUGCAGCUUUAAGUGGGUUCAAAUCUAGCCAAAAUACUGACUUUAUGUCACUGUAGCAAGUCUUUUCAUAUUAAAAGUCAGAUUAUGUGGUCUAUAUUAAAGGGCCUGUUAAAAUACAGUAUUGGUGCACAGUUGUAACUUAAAUAUCGAAGGGAAGCAGAAGAAACGUUUGUGGAACAGCUCUGUUCAGCGUUGCUUCAGGGCCUCCUUGUGAGCCUGACAUCUUCAUUAACAAAGAUACCGUCAAGCUGAAAUGGCUGUUUAUAGCAUAUUUUCACAAAGACAACUAUCAUUUUCAUAUCGAACCCCCCCCCCCCCCCCCCCCCCCCCCACAAACUAUAACAAAGAUAAAGCUCGAACCGUAACCAAGGCGAUUGGCUAGUGGGUCAUUCAUGUUCUGCAAUGGUGUUCACUGCCCGUUUGCGAGCAGAUCAGAGAAAUACUGUUUUAUUUAUCCACAAUCAUUACUGUUCUUGUCAGAUGGUAAAAAAAAACAUGUCAAAGGUCAAAUCCAGAAUGUUCUAUUCCACCGCUGCCUUAACGGUUUAUAGGAAGACGGGUGGAAGACGCUGUAAGAUUUACUUCGGUUUAUGUCAGAGAAUUUCCAUUGAAAUGAAUGUUGAUGUAACUAACAUUUUGAUCUCCUCGCAGUGAUCUGCAUCUAGGACGAUCUAGUCGAAAGAGCUGUAUGUUUUAUAAGGUGUUUAUUUAUCAACUAAUGUGUUCAUCAACUGUCUGCACAACUUCUUAUUGGGUGACAGUUAUAGUACAUUUUUGUUUUUUGUGUAUUUUACUGUUGAAAGAAAUGGAUGUUGAAUAAGUUACGUAUAUAUACACUGUGCCCAGGUCAGGAAUGACUCGCGUCAAUUAAUAUAUCUAUAUGAUGUACGUAGAGGGGCGUUGUGACAGGAAGACAGGCUGUACGUAGAGGGGCGUUGUGACAGGAAGACAGGCUGUACGUAGAGGGGCGUUGUGACAGGAAGACAGGCUGUACGUAGAGGGGCGUUGUGACAGGAAGACAGGCUGUACGUAGAGGGGCGUUGUGACAGGAAGACAGGCUGUACGUUGAGGGGCGUUGUGACAGGAAGACGGGCUGUACGUAGAGGGGCGUUGUGACAGGAAGACAGGCUGUACGUAGAGGGGCGUUGUGACAGGAAGACAGGCUGUACGUUGAGGGGCGUCGUGACAGGAAGACAGGCUGUACGUAGAGGGGCGUCGUGACAGGAAGACAGGCUGUACGUAGAGGGGCGUUGUGACGGGAAGACAGGCUGUACGUAGAGGGGCGUUGUGACAGGAAGACAGGUUGUACGUAGAGGGGCGUUAAGACAGGCUGUACGUAGAGGGGCGUUGUGACAGGAAGACGGGCUGUACGUAGAGGGGCGUUGUGACAGGAAGACGGGCUGUACGUAAAGGGGCGUUGUGACAGGAAGACGGGCUGUACGUAGAGGGGCGUUGUGACAGGAAGACGGGCUGUACGUAGAGGGGCGUUGUGACAGGAAGACGGGCUGUACGUAGAGGGGCGUCGUGACAGGAAGACAGGCUGUACGUAGAGGGGCGUUGUGACGGGAAGACAGGCUGUACGUAGAGGGGCGUUGUGACAGGAAGACAGGUUGUACGUAGAGGGGCGUUAAGACAGGCUGUACGUAGAGGGGCGUUGUGACAGGAAGACGGGCUGUACGUAGAGGGGCGUUGUGACAGGAAGACGGGCUGUACGUAGAGGGGCGUUGUGACAGGAAGACGGGCUGUACGUAGAGGGGCGUUGUGACAGGAAGACGGGCUGUACGUAGAGGGGCGUUGUGACAGGAAGACGGGCUGUACGUAGAGGGGCGUUGUGACAGGAAGACGGGCUGUACGUAGAGGGGCGUUGUGACAGGAAGACGGGCUGUACGUAGAGGGGCGUUGUGACAGGAAGACGGGCUGUACGUAGAGGGGCGUUGUGACAGGAAGACGGGCUGUACGUAGAGGGGCGUUGUGACAGGAAGACGGGUUGUACGUAGAGGGGCGUUGUGACAGGAAGACGGGCUGUACGUAGAGGGGCGUUGUGACAGGAAGACGGGCUGUACGUAGAGGGGCGUUGUGACGGGAAGACGGGCUGUACGUAGAGGGGCGUUGUGACGGGAAGACGGGCUGUACGUAGAGGGGCGUUGUGACGGGAAGACGGGCUGUACGUAGAGGGGCGUUGUGACGGGAAGACGGGCUGUACGUAGAGGGGCGUUGUGACGGGAAGACGGGCUGUACGUAGAGGGGCGUUGUGACGGGAAGACGGGCUGUACGUAGAGGGGCGUUGUGACAGGAAGACGGGCUGUACGUAGAGGGGCGUUGUGACAGGAAGACGGGCUGUACGUAGAGGGGCGUUGUGACAGGAAGACGGGCUGUACGUAGAGGGGCGUCGUGACAGGAAGACAGGCUGUACGUAGAGGGGCGUUGUGACGGGAAGACAGGCUGUACGUAGAGGGGCGUUGUGACAGGAAGACAGGUUGUACGUAGAGGGGCGUUAAGACAGGCUGUACGUAGAGGGGCGUUGUGACAGGAAGACGGGCUGUACGUAGAGGGGCGUUGUGACAGGAAGACGGGCUGUACGUAGAGGGGCGUUGUGACAGGAAGACGGGCUGUACGUAGAGGGGCGUUGUGACAGGAAGACGGGCUGUACGUAGAGGGGCGUUGUGACAGGAAGACGGGCUGUACGUAGAGGGGCGUUGUGACAGGAAGACGGGCUGUACGUAGAGGGGCGUUGUGACAGGAAGACGGGCUGUACGUAGAGGGGCGUUGUGACAGGAAGACGGGCUGUACGUAGAGGGGCGUUGUGACAGGAAGACGGGCUGUACGUAGAGGGGCGUUGUGACAGGAAGACGGGUUGUACGUAGAGGGGCGUUGUGACAGGAAGACGGGCUGUACGUAGAGGGGCGUUGUGACAGGAAGACGGGCUGUACGUAGAGGGGCGUUGUGACGGGAAGACGGGCUGUACGUAGAGGGGCGUUGUGACGGGAAGACGGGCUGUACGUAGAGGGGCGUUGUGACGGGAAGACGGGCUGUACGUAGAGGGGCGUUGUGACGGGAAGACGGGCUGUACGUAGAGGGGCGUUGUGACGGGAAGACGGGCUGUACGUAGAGGGGCGUUGUGACGGGAAGACGGGUUGUACGUAGAGGGGCGUUGUGACGGGAAGACAGGUUGUACGUAGAGGGGCGUUGUGACGGGAAGACAGGCUGUACGUAGAGGGGCGUUGUGACGGGAAGACAGGCUGUACGUAGAGGGGCGUUGUGACGGGAAGACAGGCUGUACGUAGAGGGGCGUUGUGACGGGAAGACAGGUUGUACGUAGAGGGGCGUUGUGACGGGAAGACAGGCUGUACGUAGAGGGGCGUUGUGACGGGAAGACAGGUUGUACGUAGAGGGGCGUUGUGACGGGAAGACAGGCUGUACGUAGAGGGGCGUUGUGACGGGAAGACAGGCUGUACGUAGAGGGGCGUUGUGACGGGAAGACGGGCUGUACGUAGAGGGGCGUUGUGACAGGAUGACGGGCUGUACGUAGAGGGGCGUCGUGACAGGAAGACGGGCUGUACGUAGAGGGGCGUCGUGACAGGAAGACGGGCUGUACGUAGAGGGGCGUUGUGACAGGAAGACGGGCUGUACGUAGAGGGGCGUUGUGACAGGAAGACGGGCUGUACGUAGAGGGGCGUUGUGACAGGAAGACGGGCUGUACGUAGAGGGGUGUUGUGACAGGAAGACAGGCUGUACGUAGAGGGGCGUUGUGACAGGAAGACAGGCUGUACGUAGAGGGGCAGGAAAACGGGUCAUUGGCUCUGUCUUAAUAAUAAUAUUUGUAACAUGCAAAUACACAUGAGCCUCAUUCAGUCUGCAGUAAAAAACGUUAUGGAGGGUUGCAGACAUACAUAUCAUGAAUAGAGCUUUGUGAUUCCUCAUCCUGCAGGUCAGAGAGGCAUGUUAGUUCUACAAAAAAAAAAUAUCUGAACAUUCCACAACAGUGUGCUCUGCUGAACGCAGCCCUGUUGUUUACAAUUAAUCUGCCACAUUGAUAAUGAUCCAUUCCCCCUGGGGGGUGGGGGGCGCGCUCAACAAGACACAAUGUUUGGGAACGUUCAGAUAGAAAUAUGCUCUGUAGAACAAACAUGCCUCUCUGUCCUGUAGAAUAAGGAAUCAUGUUGGCUCUAUUUCUGGUGUUUCUAUCUGCAACGUUUUGGCUGCUGAACGUGGCCCUGGGGUUCUAUUGUAGUAACCAGGAAGUGGGCAGGAAACAGUGAGUGCAGGGCCUCUGCUUCAAAGAGGGCGGAAGUCAGUCUCCAAAGACCUCUCUGUUAGACUGUCUAAUGUGUACAAUAAAAGAGUUGGUGGUGUUUUAUUGUAAACAGUGAAUCUGAUCAACUGUUUUAUGUUCACAGUUUGCAGCAAAACAAAUCUUAACCCCGAUUUCAUUGCAACCCCGUAGAGACACGCCUCCAUAAUUCUGCUGGAACCAAUGAAAUGACUCCCCUGUUUGCCUGGGUCAGUGUACAGGGCCGUAUUCCUCUAGUCCCCCUGAAGACAGACAUCCUGUUGAAUUCUUCCUUCAGUCCUUUCUUGGUGAUUUAUAUCUGGUCUGUCGUGUGGUUGUUUUCUCUCCAUCACAUCUCUGUCAACAGACCCUGUCAAAUCAGAACUAGAAGGAAGGAAGGAAGGAAGGAAGGAAGGAAGGAAGGAAGGAAGGAAGGAAGGAAGGAAGGAAGGAAGGAAGGAAGGAAGGAAGGAAGGAAGGAAGGAAGGAAGGGUUUUGAGGCAUUUGUAGAAAAUAUAACUGGGCUGAAGACCUGGUACAGCCUAAUGGUGCUGAGUGUUCUCUGAACUGUACUGGUCCAAUAACAAUUUUUGGAACGUAAACCUAAAUUGUUCAAAUCUAAUUUUCAAUGGUGUACCCUAAGAAGUGUAAGCUAAGAAGCUCACAAAUGAGUUUUUCCUAGGAAAUUUUGGGGCGUGAUACUAGUUAUCCCAGCCAUAAAGUCGUUAACCCUGUCCAUUUCUUCAAUUCAUCUUCUUAAAAUGUUAUUUUAAACCUUCACCACACUGCUACUCUUAUGCCUAACCGUAACCACACUGCUAACCUUAUGCCUAACCUUAAAUGAACACCAAAAAUAAAAAUGUUGUUUUGAUGUAUUUUUACGAUCUAGACAAAUGACUUUGUGACUCCGUUAAAAAUCUCCUAGGAAAGACAAAUAUGCAAGCAGCUCUCACGUCCUGUGAGGUCAUCUGAAUUCCUGUUUCCCCGGCGUUCAUUGGGACUUACUGUAGCUCUCAGCACCAGUCAAACCAAAAACAGUGACAGGAUGUCGUCCACGCAUGUCCUGUCAGGUGGUUAGAGUAGGGUGGAGAAUGUUUACAUGUGUAAAUGUAUACAUCAUGUAUAUUAUUUAUAAUCCUGAUUUUUAAGUCUGCUAUGCCCGGUAUGAUUCGAGCUACUGCAUUAGGCUUUCAGUAUAUCACAUUGUUAUUUAUCUGACUGAGGCUGAAAUUCAGGCACUUGGUGACUUCCUGUUAAUAUCUCUUCUGUUAUGUCUAAUAUCGCCUCUGUUUCUCGUCUCGCGUCUCUAUUUGGUCACUUGUCCGUUUUUCCAAGGCCUUGAUGAAAAUAAAAGAGAGCCGCACACUCUAGGAGCUCAGAUGCAAAAAUGUAAUACCAGCCAAGCUGUCUUAAUCAGGGUGAUGAAAGAUGAACAUUAAUUCAUUCUCCUCAUUUCUGUUUGAAUGUAAAAUAUUCCUCUAUUGCGACACAACUGAACAAAAAAUAUAAACGCAACAUGUAAACACAAAAAUACGUUAGGCGGCUUAUGGUAGAGAUAUUAACAUUCAAUUCUCGGGCAACAGCUGUGGUGGACGUUCCUGCAGUCACCAUGCCAAUUGCACGCUCCCUCAUAACUUGAGACAUCUGUGGCGUUGUGUUGUGUGACAAAACCGCACAUUUUAGAGUAGCCUUUUUAUUGUCCCCAGCACAAGGUGCACAUGUGUAAUGAUCAUGCUGAUUAAUCAGCUUCUUGAUAUGCCACACCUGCCAGCUGGAUGGAUUACCUUGGCAAAGGACAAAUGCUCACUAACAGGGAUGUAAACGAAUUUGUGCACAAAAUGAGAGAAAUAAGCUUUUUGUGCGUAUGGCAAAUUUCAGGGAUCUUUAAUUUCAGCUCAUGAAACAUGGCACCAAUACUUUACAUGUUGCAUUUAUAUUUUUGUUCAGUAUACAUAUUGGUACACUCUACAUAUCUAGAGUCUAUUUCCAUGGUCCAAACCCUGGAUUCCCUUGGUUAUGAAACAUCACAAAAUCAUCAAUCCCAUUAUUGUUGAUGUCCUCUCUCCUGACCAUAACAUUCCUGUAAUCUGUUGGAAUUGUGUAUGACUUUAGUGUUGCAAAAUUCCAGUAACUUUUUUUCCCAAAUUCCCAUAUUCUCUAGAAAUCCAGGUUGGAGGGAACAAGGAAGAAAUCUAGCAUCUUCCAACCAGGAUUCCUGGAAAACCCGGGAAUAUGGGGAAAGUUCCCCGAAAUGUUUAUUUUUAUUAUAAAACAUGUUUUGCAACACGACAAGACUUGAUUUGGACGCAUUCUGCACAGUGGAUAUAUCUAUAUAUUUAUAUACCAACACAUGCCUUUGGUUUCUCGUUACCCAUUUAAGUCUGUUUCAGUUGAUUUGUUUUUCACCUGUGGUUUCUGAGCCGUGCCAUGUGUGGUUCUUUUUGCUAUGACUAGAUUAUUAUUAUUUCCAAUAAAGAAUAUUUUGCUGUUUUU